GUAUAUAACAGCGAGGCAGCUGGAAAGAGCACUCAGUCUUUUGAAAACGGCUCUGCGAUCAGGGUCUGAAGGCAGGAGGAGAAGGAGGGGAGAAGCCCGGCCGGUAGGGCCGACUCCCCUCCUCGGGCUCUGACCUCCAGACUUAACCCCGCGGCUGGGGCCGAGUCUCGGGAUGCGGACAGAGACAGCGCCCCCCCGGGCCACUGACAUGCCUGGGUCGUUUGGGGGAGGAGAGCAGCGUGAGCGACUUCAGUCCAGCGUUCCCGAGACUAGCUAGGAAAACCUGCCGCGAUUCUUUCCCCCGGGACUGGCUCGGGCUAGAUCGAAAUGUGCAACGUGCGUAUUGCGGCCGCGGUCGUCAGCAGGCGUAUUGAUGUUGCCUUUGUGUCUGUGCCUUUCUGAAGGCAAAACGUGGAGCUGAAGGAAGGGUGCCUUGCAUUUUAUUUGCAUGCCUAGCAAAGAAAGCACAGCCUGGCUGGAGUCUCUUCGCAACUUUUCACCAGCAGGGGGCCCGAUUCACCUCCUGUUGAAGUUCGAGUGGGCAAAACUUCCACUGAUCUGAAUGGGAGCAGGAUCGGGCCCGCAUAAAGUCAAACUGUUUUCAUCCAUCGAGAGAAUGUGGGAGCUGCUUGAGUGUAACACAAGUGGAAGAGAACGCAGGCUAUCAGGUGCCUGUAGCCGUGCUCCCAGGAUACCUGAACACGCUGAUUUCCACAGCGGACUGGUUUUUCCUUUUGCUAUAGAUCAUUAUGAGUCUGGAAGAUGAAAUCCUCAUCAUUGCGUAGGUUAUUUGGAUUCCAAAUUGACUGGCCAUGAGUGCAAUUGACUUGACUUCCAUCCUUGAUCUUCUGGACGUGGGCAAUUUCUCUGAUAGCAACUGGACGUGCAACAAUGGAGACUGCAUCAUUGUCGAUACACUCUCGUGCCCUAGCACACUUAAUAAAAGUGUCUUAUUGUACACCCUCUCUAUCUUCUACAUCUUUAUCUUUGUGAUAGGGCUGGUGGCCAACUCAGUGGUUGUCUGGGUCAAUCUCCAGGCCAAAGCAACUGGUUAUGAAACCCACCUCUACAUCUUCAAUCUAGCCAUCGCCGACCUGUGCGUUGUCAUCACCCUUCCAGUCUGGGUGGUCUCCCUUGUCCAGCAUAACCAAUGGCACAUGGGAGAAAUCACAUGCAAGAUCACUCACCUCAUAUUUUCCAUCAACUUAUAUGGGAGCAUCUUCUUCUUGGCAUGUAUGAGUGUGGACCGCUACCUCUCGGUUGCCUACUUAACCAACUCCAGUAACCGCAAGAAGAAGAUCAUCCGACGCUUUAUCUGCAUCUUUGUGUGGCUUCUUGCCUUCUCUGUCUCUCUCCCAGACACCUAUUACCUGAAGACUGUCUCUUCAAACAAUGAAACUUACUGCCGCCCUCUCUAUCCAGAGGAGAGCUUCAAAGAGUGGCUGGUUGGCAUGGAGCUCAUCUCUGUUGUGUUGGGCUUUGCCAUUCCUUUUCCCAUCAUUGCUCUUUUUUAUUUUCUCCUUGCAAGGUCCAUCUCUGCCUCCAGUGACCAAGAAAGGAAGAGCAAUGGGAAGAUCAUUUUCUCUUACGUUGUUGUGUUCCUUGUCUGCUGGCUGCCCUACCAUGCGGUCGUCCUGCUCGAUAUCUUCUCGGUCCUUCAUUUUAUACCCUUCAGUUGUCAAAUGGAGAACUUUCUGUAUGCGGCUCUUCACGUCACCCAGUGUUUCUCCCUCAUCCAUUGCUGCGUCAACCCCAUGCUCUACAGCUUCAUCAACCGAAAUUACAGAUACGAGCUCAUGAAAGCCUUUAUUUUCAAGUACUCGGCCAAAACAGGCCUCACCAAACUUAUUGAUGCUUCCAGAGUAUCGGAAGCUGAGUACUCUGCUCUGGAGCAAAAUGCCAAAUGAUCGCCACUCCAUAAGGACUCAUCUUGGACCUUUUCAUACUUGUCUCUGAUGGGGCAUGAAUUCACAGCUUGGAAGAGAAAUAAAGAACCAUAAUGUAAAUUUAGAGUUUUUGAGCAAACCAAAAUCAUGCAUUAUUUUAAUGUGUUUUGUUUUAUCUACUGCUAGCUAAUCCAGCCUUUCUGGACCGAGACCACGGUGCAAAUUCUAUGCAAAUGGGUGAGAAUUUGUAGUAAACAAAGCCAUUGUGUACCACAGGUAUCAUGUGUCUUCAGGAUAGGCUUUUUUUUCCAUGUGUAAAGGAGACCCUCUCUUGGUUUCAUUGUAUAUGUGUUAUAUAGAUAUAGAUAUAUAUAGUGCAUUGUAUUUAAAAACCCAAGACUUUAUUUUCUGGCUGUUGGUGUACCUUAUACAAAUGUAUUUGAAAGUUUAAAUAUAUUUUUAUCAUGUAUUUGAAGUAUAUUGCUGAUAAUUGUAUCCAGAGUGCUGUAGUCUGAAUGUUAGUCCAAUUAUAGUCAAAAUGAAUGACAAAGGAUGACUUUAAUAGCUAUAUGGAGAUUAUGUAUUAUGUGUGUGUUUGUCUACUUUGGCUGGCACACUUUAUUUACAAUAGCUUUGUUGUGGUUUAUACCUAUAUGUAUGGAAAUAAGCUGUAUGUACAGUACUGUGAUAUAGUUUGACAUCAUAUUAAAAUUAACAGUAACGUAAGAGGUUAACUCCCACUUCCAUGUUUCACCAAGCAGUAUCCUUAUGCACAAAAUGAAUGACCUUAUUUCCAAGAGUCCUCUCUAUUUGUAAGUUAUUUUUUUAAAAAAUAAAAAUCUGGAAAAAUACACAA